CUCAUUCUUCUUUCUUCAUUUCUUGUCUUCAUUUCCUCUUUUGUUAAUUUUUAUGAAUUUUCGUAUAUCUUUACCACGUCGAAAAGUUUCUAUUUUUAGCUCACCAUUUAUAUAUGUUGCUUCUUGUCUUCACUAAAAUCCCUAGAAUCUUGAUUGUUGUCGAGCUGAUUUCGGAUCUUUGUCUACCGAUCUAGCAGGAAUUUGAUUGUAUUCGGCCAAACCCUAGGAAAUAUCGAUCUGAUUCACAAGGAGGAGAAAUGGGAAGGGGGAAAAUUGUGAUCCGGAGGAUCGACAACGCGACGAGUAGGCAAGUGACUUUCUCCAAGAGAAGAAAUGGAUUGCUCAAGAAAGCUAGGGAGUUGGCCAUUCUUUGUGAUGCUGAAGUCGGAUUGAUGAUAUUUUCCAGCACCGGGAAGCUUUAUGAUUUCGCAAGCACCAGCAUGAAAUCACUAAUCGAACGUUACAACAAGGUGAAGGAAGAAAAUCAUCAGCUGUUAAGUCCUACUUCAGAAGUCCAGUUUUGGAAAGGUGAAGCGGAAAGACUAAGGCAACAACUACAAUACUUGCAACAGAGUCACAGGCAGCUAUUGGGAGAAGAACUUUCUGGGUUGACCAUGAAAGACUUGCAAAACUUGGAGAAUCGACUAGAAAUAAGUUUAAAAGGUGUUCGUAUGCAGAAGGAGCAAAUUUUGACGAAUGAGAUAGAAGAAUUAAACAAGAAGGGGAGUCUCAUUCAUCAGGAAAACAUAGAACUGUAUAAAAAAGUAAACCUAUUGCAAGAAGAGAACAAGGAAUUGCAGAAAAAGGUUAACGGAUCAGUAAACUCAAAUGAAGCAAACAUAAGCCCUCGGACUCCAUUUUGCAUUAGCAAUGGAUAUGACUUGCAUGCCCCAAUCAGUCUUCAGCUGAGCCAGCCAAUGCCACAGACGAAUGGAACACCCGAAACGACUGUGAAGCUUGGGCUACAUUUGCAGUAGAAGCUUUAAAACAGCUACGGAAGAACUCCAGUGGUUGAUUGCCUCAGCAAAUACUCCGUGACCCUGAAGUUAAAAUCCUUCAAAGCUCUUUGAAAAUGAUCUACAAGAUUCAUAACUGCCCAUCAGAUUUGGUAUGAAGUAAUCAGCGUGAAAGCUCAAGAUUUACUGUAAAUGAUCCUUCAUGCGCCAUUUAUCUCUGUAUAUUUGCAAUAAUUGAAAACAUACAGAAUUGACUAGGUUCCCUUUUCCUACUGUACUAAAUUAGCAUAUCAUUGAAUGUCUUUAUGGUUGCAAAAUUUAGGUGAUUUGUAAGGCAAAUAUUUCAAGAAACUAACAUUUCAAGGUGAUUCCUUUCA